UGAUCCUUUUUAUGGGUGGGGAGAUAACAAGAGAGUUUUUCUCUUUCUCUCACCAUCUCUAUUUACUCUCUUCUCACCUAGAUUCUUUGACACCCAAGUUUCUUCUUCGUAAACCCUCAAAUCUUUCAAUUUACCCAUUAUCCACAAUCAAACAAUUUCCAUUCAAGAGGAAGAAAACUUAUAUCUUCAGCAUCUACAGUUUGUAGAGAGAUAAAUUGAGAUCGUAUAUUUCUGUAAUUUUUUUGGGUAAUAACAAGAAACAUCAAUUUCUUGUUGCGGGAAUUGUUGUUCAUUUGUUUGUUUUUCAAUCUAAGUUUUUUUUGUAAUGGAAUCUACUCAAGUUUCAUCUAAUGGGUUGUUAGAGAAGGAAAAAGAGAUGGUAUUGGUCAACAAUGGCGUCUCUUUGGUUGACCCUUUUCUUAUUGAAGCUCUUCAAAACCCUCGUCAUCGUCUUACCAUCCUGCGAAUGGAACUUGAUAUUCAGAAGUUCUUGCAAAAUCAUGAGCAGCUGCAAUUUGAGUUUCAACACUUCCCUACUUCUUAUCUACGACUUGCAGCUCACCGGGUUGCUCAACAUUAUGGCCUGCAAACCAUGGUGUUGGACAACCUCACUGAUGGGGCUGGAUCAAAGAUUAUGGUUAUGAAAACAGCGGAGACUAAGUAUCCAUCUGUUUGUUUAUCAGACAUACCUGCUAAGCAGCCAGAGAACAGCAAACCUGAGCAGGUUAAAAUUGCUAUAAGGCGUAGACCUUGCAGGACAUCUUCUGGUGACGGAUCUGACAUGGGUCUUAAACGAAACUCUGUGAGGAGUGUAGAGGAGAGGAAGGAAGAGUAUGAUAAAGCAAGAGCCCGCAUCUUUAGUAGUCCAAGCAGUCCUACAUCAGAUGAGACAAUGUCUCAGGUCUCGGCGGAAGGAAAAGGGUUGUGUCCAGGCAAGGAUGAAAAUGGAGGUUGUAGCAAUUUCGUCAAUGAAUUAGAAAAGAAUCUUGCUGUCAGGGACGCAGGGAAUUCUUCUCGAGUUGCUGCUAUAUUCAAAGACAGAGAAAAAGAUCGUUCUGAUCCAGAUUAUGACCGUAGUUAUGACAGGUAUGUUAAGAGCAUUCCCGCUGGUCAGAGGUUUUUACCACCUUUCAGUAUGCCCAAGUUUCAACCUCCCUUUGUGCAGUACGAUGCUGCUUUUCCACAGAUGGGUCAGAUUCCCAGAGCACAGACUGCCCUCAAUUAUGCUCCUUCAAACCCAAACAUGAAUCAUUAUUGUGCCAUGGGAUUGAAUCAAGCUUCAAGAGAUGCUAUAUAUAUGCAGUGGCCUAGUCCUACUAUGAUGUAUGCACACUCGUAUGAGCAAUUCAGGCAUUCUGUUUUCCAGGCUCCAUUCUGUCAGCAGCCUUUGAGCUUCGACUACUCUCAGAACCUCUGACCGGUAUUGCGUGAUGGGUGUAUGGCUGUUUCGAUUAGGUCUAUAUCAUUUACUACUAUGUGUUUAGGGUCAUUGUAUUUGUUGAAAUUUACGUGAAAAACAUGGUGUCUGUUGUACUGGUUGAAGAAUAGGAACUUGCCUAGUUUCUUUUGGUUGAUACUGCCUACUCAGCCAUCUCUUAGUAAUAUCUUGUCUAAACUCGUUUUAGACUUUUAUAGCAUCAACAACAACUCCAAUUUGUUCUUCGCCCA